CGGUUUGUUUAAGUGUUGAAGCAAUGCUAUCUAUCUUGAGGUCAUAGUUUAAUUGUCCUUUUAUUGUGAUGCACUCUGUUGUUUGGCGCGAACUGACGUAGUCCUUAGUCAAAUUACUUGCUGAUACACCGGGCCAUGGAGCAUAAACUAAUUACAGUUACCGCUGCAGCGCACGCUUUCACACGACCCGCGUUGUUCUUUAGAUUAUGGCCUGUUUGGUGCCUGUCGGGCUGAUUUCCACCACAACCCUUCCGCAUUUUCCUGCUGCUCUCGGGCUGUGACGUGUCGUGCUGACGGCGGCCUCGGAGCUGGAGGAGCGGGGGGCUGUAGCAUGACAAGAUCUGGCUCGAGACGUCCUGCUUUGCUUUCAGCGGUGCUCCUGAAUCAACCCCUAACCCCUCCUUCUCUUCUCCUCUCCGGCCCGCCCAAAUAACACAAAAUUCCCGACUGAAUCCUGCCCGAGUCUGGGGGAACCAGGCGGCCUGGGAAGCCGAGGAGCGGACAGAGGCAUCCCUGCAGCACGAAUCUGCUGUCCAGUAACAAAUGCAGUGCGAGGACAAUGGAUGAGGAUGUCACCAGGCUUGCAAUACAUUCUGAAGAGCCUAAAAUAAUAUUGCACGGAUCGGAUGAAGGUGGUGCCGGCGGACAGGAGUUUGUUGUGGAGCUUCAAGAGACUGUGUUGGUGUCAGAAGGCGAAGGGGAAGGCAUGGCAGUUCACAGGUUCGCCCCAGACGAGCUAGUGAUCCAGGAUGCUGUUGAGGAUGUGGUUUCUGAGUAUGUGCACUGCGAUGAAGAUGAAGAUGUUGCUGUAGAAACCUGUGUGAUGGCUCUGGAUGGUGAGGAGGAAGGUGUUGCCAUGGGAGACAUCCCUGAAGAUGGGCUGGACCCAGAGCAGCAGGAGGACGAUGACCAAGAUGGCUGUGGAGAUUAUCUAAUGAUAUCCUUGGAUGAAGCUGGUAAAAUGGUGUCUGAGGAUGGAACAGAGGUGACAGUGGAAGGAGCUGUGGAGGACCAGGAAGUGGAGAAAGAUGAGGAUGGACAAGAGGUGAUAAAGGUCUACAUCUUCAAGGCUGAUUCUGGGGAAGAUGACAUGGGAGAAUCUGUUGACAUCAGUGACGGGGACACAGAGAACGUUGCGUUAACAGAGUCUUCGGGCCAUACGCUCAGAGAGAAGAUGGUUUACAUGUCUGUUGGGGAUUCUCAUCACAAUCAAGGAAACCACGGUGGGUCCAAGGUGACUGAUGAGGUUUAUAUGGAGGUGGUGGUAGGAGGCGAAGAGCCAGUAACUCACGACCGCUCGUAUGACAGCGUGUCUCUAAGCAAGGACUUCAUGCCUGUGGCCUGGGCAGCUGCUUAUGGUGCAGAAGAUAGCGAGAGUUGUGAGAACCGGAACGGUGCAGCCAGCGCGCUGCUGCAUAUUGAUGAAUCGGACGGGGUGGACGAAAUCAACAGACAGCGCAACAAGACCAAGAGGCGGUCGGAGCCUCGACAAGUCCAGACAGCCAUUAUCAUCGGUCCAUAUGGUCAGCCCCUCACCGUUUACCCCUGCAUGCUCUGUGGUAAGAAGUUCAAAUCACGAGGCUUCUUGAAACGCCACACCAAGAAUCACCACCAGGAUGUUUUGACCAGGAAAAAGUACCAAUGCACAGACUGUGAUUUUACCACCAACAAGAAAGCCAGCCUCCACAAUCAUAUGGAGGUGCAUGCUCUGAGCAGCAAGGCCCCUUUCGAGUGUGAAAUGUGUGGCAAGGAGUUCCACCAGCAGGCGGCACUAUUUUCUCACAGACUACAGCACCACCACCGGGAGCCCAAGAGCCAGCCACCUCCACCGCCCACCAAGAUGCAUAAAUGCAAGUUUUGUGACUAUGAAACUGCCGAGCAAGGGCUGCUCAAUCGACACUUAUUGGCAGUUCACAGCAAAAGCUUCCCCCACAUCUGUGUGGAAUGUGGCAAAGGCUUUCGACAUCCUUCGGAGUUAAAGAAACACAUGCGCACUCACACCGGCGAGAAGCCUUACUCCUGCCUGUACUGCGACUAUAAGUCAGCCGAUUCCUCUAAUCUCAAAACGCACAUCAAGACUAAGCAUAGCAAAGAGAUGCCAUACAAAUGUGAGCGCUGUUUCCAGACGUUUGCAGAGGAGGAGGAGUUAAUGCAGCACGGAUUAACGCACGAGGAGAAUAAGACCCACCAUUGUGCCCACUGUGAUCACAAAAGUUCCAACUCCAGUGACCUGAAGCGUCACAUCAUAUCUGUUCAUACCAAGGACUAUCCCCACAAAUGCGCCGUUUGUGGGAAAGGCUUCCACCGGCCGUCUGAACUGAAGAAGCACUCGGUAUCCCACCGUACUAAGAAAGUCCAUCAGUGCCGGCACUGCAACUUUAAAAUCGCAGACCCCUUUGUUCUCAGUCGCCACAUCUUGUCAGUCCACACAAAGGAGCAACAGGCCUCACCUGAAAAGAGUGAGACCAAGAGGACAGAAACCUACAUGAAGGAGCUUCACUCGCUAGGCGAACAGUUCCAGUUUUCUUGGGACAUCAACAGCAACGGGCACGACGCGCGUAACCUGGAUAAUGGAGAGCUUGAAACUGAUGGUUAUCAUCCAAGCAACAUCGGAGUCUCUAUGCAGGAUCUUCACCCCAUAGUGGAUCUACAGAUCCGGGGUAAGUAA